AUGGCGGACUCGGUGGCAUCUGAACAGAAACAAAGUUGGUUGGCGACGCAAGACCUGUCGAAACUUGAUCCAACCCAAUUGAAUCCUUUGACUGAAGAGGUAUUAACCCAUUUCUUAUCUUAUUUUUUUCUUUAGGUUAUCAGUCGUCAGGCCACAAUCAACAUUGGCACUAUUGGCCACGUAGCCCAUGGGAAAUCUACAUUAGUCAAGGCAAUUUCUGGUGUUCACACGGUCAAGUUCAAGAAUGAGUUGGUGCGAAACAUUACAAUCAAGCUGGGCUAUGCGAAUGCGAAGAUCUACCGAUGUUCGAACGCCGAAUGUCCUCGGCCAGGCUGUUAUCGGUACGGGUCGCAUAACAUAAUAUGUUAAGCAAUUUACCAUUUUUAGGUCUGGAGGGUCUAGCGAACCAGACAGAAUUCCAUGUCGCAGAGACGGCUGUGGUGGAGAAUUUGUAUGCGUUCGCCACGUCUCUUUUGUCGACUGUCCUGGUCACGAUAUCUUGAUGGCGACCAUGCUGAACGGUGCUGCAGUGAUGGAUGCUGCUCUUCUUCUGGUUGCAGGAAAUGAACCAUGUCCACAACCCCAAACUUCUGAGCAUUUAGCCGCUGUAGAAAUUAUGCAGUUGAAGAAUCUCCUGAUCCUCCAGAACAAAAUAGACCUGAUUAAAGAAUCCCAAGCCAAGGAUCAGCAGGAACAAAUUAAGAAUUUUGUUCAAGGGACCGUCGCGGAUUCAGCGCCGAUCAUUCCGAUUUCUGCUCAGCUUAAAUAUAAUAUUGAUGUAUGUUGGAGUUACUGUACAUUUUUAAUUCUUGACACUUUACAGGUUGUAUGCGAAUACUUAUGCAAGAAGGUUCCAAUUCCCCCUAGAGAUUUCACUUCUGAUGCUCGUUUGAUUGUGAUUAGAUCUUUUGAUGUUAACAAACCGGGAUCGGAGGUGGAAGAAUUGAAGGGAGGAGUUGCCGGCGGUUCAAUUCUGAAGGGUAUUCUUUUUUUAUUCAUACGUUAUUGUUGAAGUUAAAGUAUGAUGCGUUUUUUCUAUAGGUAUCCUUCGGGUGGGGCAGGAGAUUGAAGUUCGUCCUGGAAUUGUGAGCAAGCUAGCUGAUGGAAGGGUGCAAUGCCGCCCAAUCUUCUCGAAGAUCGUAUCUUUGUUUGCCGAGCAAAAUGAGUUGCAGUAUGCCGUUCCUGGAGGUUUAAUUGGGGUGGGAACAAAGAUUGAUCCCACCCUUUGCCGUGGAGACCGUUUGGUCGGUCACAUCCUUGGAGCUGUUGGAACCCUCCCUGAUGUGUUCAUUGAGAUCGAAAUCUCGUAUUUCUUACUUCGAAGAUUGUUGGGAGUACGUACUGAAGGCGGUAAGAAAGCUGCCAAGGUUCAGAAAUUGGACAAGGGGGAAGUUCUGAUGGUCAACAUAGGAUCGCUUUCUACUGGCGGCAGAGUUAUUGCAGUGAAAGGUAAGAUUAUAUAAAGAAGUGUUCUUGCUGUUUUUUUGAUAUGUAAUUAUUUCAAUUUGUAGGAGACGCUGCGAAGAUUGCUCUAACCGAACCAAUCUGUACUGAAGUGAAUGAGAAGAUCGCUCUCAGUCGAAGAAUCGAGAAGCACUGGCGUUUGAUCGGAUGGGGAACUAUCAGAAGGGGAAUCACAAUCACUCCUGUGUCUGAUUAA